UGUGUGCUGUGUUUCUGCAGAGAAGGAGGAGGAGAUGCCUCUGCCCGUGCAGGUCUUUAACUUUCAGGACAGUUCUGUGUCAGGGCCUGGGGUCUCCCCAGAACAGCAGGUUGAGGGCAGGCUCAGUGAUAGCUUGACAGCCAGCGCGUCCUCGUCUUCGUCGACGCUCUGCACGCCCCACAGCAGCAGGUCUGACCCGCUCCUCCCAUUUACCGCGGGAGACUAUGUGCUCAGCUCCAGUCUGUCAGCGUGCUCGCUGGUCCCCGAGGGGUCAGUUGAACCCAUGCAGAUAGAUGCUGACCCGCAGGAAGACCAGCAGAAUGCGCCGGACACCAACUAUGUCGUCGAAAACCCAACCCUGGAUCUGGAGCAGUAUGCCUCCAGCUACAGUGGACUGAUGAGAAUUGAGCGACUGCAGUUCAUCGCUGACCACUGCCCCCAACUCCGCAUCGAAGCUCUUAAGAUGGCCCUGUCCUUCGUCCAAAGAACCUUCAACGUUGACGUCUACGAGGAGAUCCACCGCAAACUCACUGAAGCCACGAGGGAAGUGCAGGGGGUCCCAGACGCUGUUCCUGAAGGUGCGGUGGAGCCCCCUCCCCUCGACACAGCCUGGGCAGAGUCCACCAGGAAAAAGGCCCUCCUCAAACUGGAGAAGCUGGACACCGACCUGAAGAACUACAAAGGAAAUUCCAUUAAGGAGAGCAUUAGGAGGGGUCAUGAUGAUCUCGGAGAUCAUUAUCUUGACUGCGGUGACCUCAGCAAUGCUUUGAAGUGCUACUCCCGAGCCAGAGACUACUGCACUAGCGCCAAGCAUGUCAUCAACAUGUGUCUUAAUGUUAUCAAGGUUAGCGUUUACCUCCAAAACUGGUCCCAUGUACUUAGCUAUGUAAGCAAGGCAGAAUCCACUCCAGAGAUUGCAGAGCAACGAGGAGAGAGAGAUAGUCAAAACCAAGCUGUCCUCACCAAACUAAAAUGUGCCGCAGGACUGGCAGAACUCGCGUCCAGAAAGUACAAGCCAGCGGCCAAAUGCUUUCUACAAGCCUCGUUUGACCACUGCGACUUCCCUGAGCUCCUUUCCCCCAGUAACGUAGCAGUGUAUGGGGGGAUGUGUGCCCUAGCUACGUUUGACAGACAGGAGCUGCAGAGGAAUGUCAUCUCCAGCAGUUCCUUUAAAUUAUUUUUAGAGUUGGAACCCCAGGUCCGUGAUAUUAUCUUCAAGUUUUACGAGUCAAAGUAUGCUUCAUGUCUGAAAAUGCUUGAUGAGAUGAAGGAUAACCUUCUGCUAGACAUGUACCUGGCUCCCCACGUAAGAACACUGUACACACAAAUCAGGAACAGAGCCCUUAUACAGUACUUCAGCCCGUACGUCUCAGCAGACAUGAACAAAAUGGCGGUGGCCUUCAACACCACAGUGGCUGCACUGGAGGACGAGCUCACCCAGCUCAUCCUGGAGGGUCUUAUCAAUGGCCGCAUCGAUUCCCACAGCAAGAUCCUAUACGCACGAGACGUAGAUCAGAGAAGCACAACGUUUGAGAAGUCCAUACAGAUGGGCAAGGAGUUCCAGAGACGAGCCAAAGCCAUGAUCCUGCGGGCAGCCGUGCUGCGUAACCAGAUACACGUCAAGGUAACGGGCUCUCCAGGUCCCCUCCAAGAGAAGGUAGCCAAGGGGAACUCACACCCGCCAAUAGCCAAACACGAAUGAGCACCAACAUGUGAAGACUGGACCGGAGGAUUCACCAUGGAAAGAAGACGGAGGAAGGUGGAGCAGGGAUUGGUGGAGGGGGGGAGGCACCACGCUACACAUCAUCGCGCCCCCAACCCUGGCAUCUCUCUCCCUCGCUAGAGAAAAUUACAAAAAAAGAGAAAUCAAUUCUGUUUUCCUGCUGAAGAAAGAAAAAUCACAAUCUAAAGACUUUAAGUUGGGAAGAAGAUAUCUGUUGUCAGUUAUCAAUGACAAGCACAUCCUGUUGCUCAAUAGGAAAUGAAAGAUUAAAAAAAAGAACAAUUAAAAAAAGAAAAAAAUAGAAAAAAGAAAAAAAGAAUUGCGGCACUUAAUGCUGUCCUGGCCUGUUGUUCUUUGUAACAGAUGCACUUUCCUCUGUUAUCUUGUGACAAACCUUGAUUACACAUUGAAAAACCUCAUCACAGAAACAUGCUUUUAAAAUAAACAUACAUUCAAAAAGACAUACCAGAACUUAGGUUUUGCUUUCUGUCGGUAGCUGCUUUUCCAGACCAACAUGGCACUUUGCACAUGGAUGCUUUGCUAACUCCCCCCCCCCCCCCCCAAUUACGUCAUUGUGUCCUUCCAUCAAGCAGUCAGAACACCAUCAGCGUGCAAGCCAAACAAAAAUACACUGAACACUGUUAAACAUGUGCCUGACACAGGAAGUGAGGUGAUAAGUUUGCAGAGGGGAAUCAGCAGCAGAAGUGUGGUGAGCAUGCACGGUGGUACGGAAGCCAGCACACCACCAAUCGGCUGAGAGAGGUCUCCAAAUCUGCUGUUGCUUAUCAGAAGAAAGUCUCAGUCUAUGAAUCCGUGAAGGAUGCCAUCCUCGGUGCCAGGAAAUGUUUUCCACUCCCCAACCACCACUGAAGCCACAGCAACAUCAACCUCAGCUGUAUUUGCCGUUUCUCCUCGAUGUGUAUUUUAACAAAUAUAAAGACAUAAUGUGGAAUUUGUUUUAAUUUUUUUUAUUAUUAUUUUAUUAAAAAUAAACUCCUAAUCUCUGACAAACCAUUCAUGACCUGCUGCUCUGAAAAUGACCACAUCUUUUAGGCUCCACAGGAUGGACCUGUUCAGCGUAAUAUUUCAAUUAUGUGGUUUAGUGACAAAUCAGGCUAAGUUAACUGAUAAACUUCCUAAAAGAAGGGUAUUUUGGCUUUGUUUUGUUGGGUGAAAGAGGUGAUAGUACUCCUCUGUUAAGGCCAACACUCACUGGCGAUGACAUUUGCGUCUGG